AUGUUCUACCUCAGGGAUAUGACGGACGGAUAUACUAUCAUCGACUCGUCCACCUGUCGGUUCGACACGGACAAUUUUUCAGCUUUUAAAUGUCUAAAGUGCCAGAAAUCGUACACGACCAGGUCGUCGCUGCAGUCGCACGUCGCCAAAGAUUGCGGCAAAGAGAAGACGCACCUGUGCGACCUGUGCUCGCAGAAGUUCAAGCGUAAACACCACCUGAAAAGUCACUACUUGAGAAAGCAUUCAACGAUCAUAGUGUAUGGGUUGCAACAGAUGCGGCCGCGUCUACAAGAACUUCAUCACGUUGCGACACGUAUCACGCUUAACGCUGCCACCAUUUUAGACCUGUCCAUCGCGAAACAUACCUGCAAGAGAUGCGGAAGGUCGUACAAGCACUACCCCUCGCUGUACAACCACCUCAAGUUCGAGUGCGGAGUCCAACCCCAGUUCAAGUUGCUGCCGACCGAAGACGGCAGGUUUUUCUGCCGCAAAUGCGGGAAGAUAUACGUCAGGGAACAGCACGCCAUGCACAUCCUGCUCGAGUGCGGCAAACAGGCGGUGUUUCAGUGUCCCCUGUGUCCACGCAAAUGCAAACAAAAGGACAUAAAAUACAGUAUACCACGAUUGUCAGCUUUUCAUACCGAAUUCACCAUCGGGUUCAAAGCGGCGAAUCGGACACUACAGUCGCUACCGCUAUUUUCAGGCUACCGCCGUUACCACUGCCACUGCGGUCGGAGCUACAAGAAUCCCGAGAGCUUGUGUCGGCAUAGAAAGGAGUGCGGCAGGGAGAAAAAGUACAAGUGUCCGCACUGCAACCAUCGCAGCCAUCGCAGCGACAACCUCAAGAGGCACAUGGUGCUCCAUUUCGCGCCCAAAGACGUUAAUUUUUAUUAG